CAGGGCUGGGGGAGGGCGCUGGUGGAUGAGGAACAGACUCAGAUGCUAAGGCAUCAUUUCACGCCCCGGUCUGUGGAGACUUUUAACUACGCCUCUUACCACACUCUGGAUGAGAUCUACGACUUCAUGGACUUAUUGGUCGCUGAAAAUCCAGACCUGGUCAGCAAAAUUCAGAUCGGGAACAGUUACGAAGGCCGCCCUCUCUACGUCCUGAAGUUCAGCACCGGAGGAACCAAGCGCCCAGCUAUUUGGAUCGACACCGGCAUCCACUCCCGGGAAUGGGUCACUCAGGCCAGCGGAGUCUGGUUUGCAAAGAAGAUUGUGGAUAGUUACGGCAAAGACCCUUCUCUCACCUCCAUCCUGGACAACCUGGACAUCUUCCUGGAAAUCGUCACCAACCCCGAUGGCUUUGCUUUCACCCACACCAAGAACCGCAUGUGGCGUAAGACCAAGUCCAUCAACUCUGGGUCGGCCUGCAUCGGCGUGGAUCCCAACAGGAACUGGGAUGCGGGUUUCGGCGGGAAAGGGUCCAGCAGCAACCCCUGUGCCGAGACUUACCGUGGCCCCUACGCCAACUCGGAGCCUGAGGUGAAAGCCAUCGUGGACUUUGUGAAGAGCCAUGGGAACAUCAAAGCCUUCAUCUCUAUCCAUAGCUACACCCAGCUCCUCUUGUAUCCCUACGGCUACACCACAACCAAGGCCGCCGAUUACCAGGAACUGGAUAAUAUUGCUAAAGCUGCAGUCGCUGCCCUGUCUUCCCUCUAUGGUACUCAGUACAGAUACGGCAGCAUCAUCACAACCAUCUAUCAAGCUAACGGUGGAACCAUUGACUGGACUUAUAACCAGGGCAUUAAAUACUCCUUCACUUUUGAACUGCGGGACACAGGGCGUUAUGGGUUCUUACUGCCUGCCAACCAGAUCAUCCCUACUGCCGAGGAGACAUGGCUGGCACUGAUGACCAUUAUGGAGUACACACGGGACCAUCCCUAUUAAAACAGGA